GUCCUAUAAAUAGGAGGGGUGCUCCGCGCGGAUUGCCCCAAAGACGAUCUAAGAUUCUGACAGGCAAGUCAUUCUCACACAACCAGCGCGCAGUAUAGGAGACAUGACCGCUUCUGCCAUGGCGCAUACCGUGGGGAAACACUCAAGUGCCAAGGAAGAGAGAAAGCUGAGAAAGCCACUUAUUGAGAGGAAACGACGGGAAAGGAUAAAUAAUUGUUUGGACCAACUUAAAGAAACUGUCGUCGGAGCUUUCAGGCUUGACCAAUCGAAACUUGAAAAGGCCGACAUUCUUGAGAUGACAGUGAAACAUCUGCAGAACAUUCAGAGCAACACAUUCUGUGAUCCAACUCUAGGCCUGGAGGCCCAACAGAAGUACAGCACAGGCUACAUCCAGUGUAUGCACGAGGUCCAUAACAUGCUGCUCACUUGUGAGUGGAUGGACAAAACCCUGGGUUCACGUCUGCUCAACCACCUGCUCAAGUCCCUGCCCAGAUCCACAGAAGAGCCAACUCUGCAGUCUAACACCCGGCAUGAUGUCCCUCCACCCAGACAGGGACUUGCUGCCCCAAGCACCCCUGCCCGAGGAGACCCACGGCCUGGGAGGCUGAUCCAGAGAGAGGGGUCUCUCUCUCCCUCUGGGGCCCAGGAAAGGGCCCUGUUCCUGGCCAGCAGUCCCCACCUCCACAGCCCUCAUCUUGGCAUGCUGGAGAUGUGGAGACCAUGGUGAAGGAUGUUGUGGGACUUUGGCCUGUGCUCUCAAUUUCCAUGUUAGACCCUCCUCUGUUAUGUAUCUUAUAGAUAUGCUUACUCAGAAGACUAAAGUGUGGGGCGGUUUUGUUCCAGUGUAUUUUAGGUGUGCUAUGAUUCUAUACAGACCUUUCAGUACUUCCAGUCAGAAGUUGACUUCCUGUAGCCUGCAUUGUAGAAGGCUCUUAUUAAUAUUUUCUUAUAUUUAUUGUAUUAACUUUUUAUUUAUUUUUGAAUAAUAUGUUUCAACUUUGCUCCUUAGCUUCUAUGCAUAAUUUAGCUUUUAUACUUCCUCCGUUUUUGUAUUUUAACCAAUAUUAAUAAAGUACAAUGUAUAUGCAAUGUACA